AUGGCGACCGAGGAGGACAUCGCGUGGUUCAGGUCCACCUUCCGCCCAAUCCCCAGACCAGAGCUCCCGGAGGACUCUACUCGCGCACGAUUGCUGGAGGUUCAGCGCACAGCAGCAGAAUUGAUCAAGGAUUUGCUCAAGGACUACAUAUGGCAGCGUGAAAAAUUCUUUUUGGAGUUUGCGAAGGAUGAUGGAAUCAUAUCGCUCCACGGCCGCACCAACUAUGGAGACUCUAUCGAAGAUGAAUGGGUAAUUGUGUAUAUCCUGCGCGAGUUGACUAAACGACACAAAGAUAUCUGGGUCAAAGUCGUGGACAGUGAUGGCGAGUUCCUGCUCGUCGAGGCUGCGGCAACGCUCCCUGCAUGGCUAGAGCCCGAAGUCGCAGACAAUAGGGUCUGGAUUCACCAAGGAGACCUUCGAAUCAUUAAGCCCAAAAAAAAUGUGAAACGGAAGAUCACAGAGAAACUGUCGUUUUCGGAGGCCAAGAGGAUCAUACAGGAAGAACCAGACCGCCUGAUGAAGUCUGUCAUGAUACAAGAAGAGGCCUUCUACCGACUGCGCAACUAUCCCAAGCAAAUCCCCGAAAACCUCCAUUCCGCGAUAAUCACGAUUCCUCGCAAAGUCGCGUACCUUCUGCACAAAAAGCCAGCAUACAUUUCUCCUGCUGUGGAGGCUUUCUACGUCCGUGAUCCAAUUGCUUUGCGACCCCUUCGUGCCCAAGAUGCCUCCGAUCUUACCUUCAAGCCUGAAGACAUGGUCACAGUUAGUGUUCGGUUCACGCGAGUUGGAUACGCCCAGUUGAAGAGCCAAGAAUUUCCCGUACCCCGAAGCUGGGCGGGUAAACUGCCCCCGAUCAACGAAACGAAAGCCCAUACCCGUGCAGAAGCCGGAAUGAAGCUUUCAUGCGGAUUUGAAAUGCUGCUCUACGACCCACACCACCAAGAUAAAUCCGCUGUUCGUGAAAUGAAGAUGUUGUUAGAAGACGUUGAAGCGGGCGAUGAGGCACUUCCUUCCGACGAAGAGAUUGAUAAGACCUGGGACAAGCGUGAGGACGAUGAGAAAUGGAUGGAUAUCAAUUUUCAAGAUCUUGACCAGGAAUUAAAGGGCAAGGGCAAGGACAAAGAAAGAGACGCUGGAAACUUUGGCGAUGCAGGUGCCCAGGAAAACCUUCAGCGGAUCGUGGCCCGUUUUGAAGAAUUCCUCAAUGAUACUUCAGCUGGAUUCGAUGGAGCCGAUCUCGACGCCUAUGCCACGGACUCCGACGUCGAUGCCGAGGACUCUGAUGCGCCGAGCGACUCGGAAGAAGACGAGGAGGCUUCCUUUGACGAAGCAGAAUUUAACCAAAUGAUGAAGGAGAUGAUGGGCAUGCCAUCCGGGUCCGGUCAGGGACCAUCGCUCGACACGCAUCUACGAAACCGAAUACGAGAUCUUGAUUCCGAUGACGAGGAAGAUAGCUCGAAGCAGAUCGAUGAAUUAUCCCAGCGGAUGGAGGCUGAACUCAAAGGAACUGGCGUCUUGGAUUUGAAUCGCACGCAACAGAAACUGGCAGCCACGAAGCAAUCAUCCAAAGAAGCCGGUGGACCAUCUACAGCCGAUGUGGAUGAGGACGAGGACGAAAACGUCAACAUCAACCUGGCCAAGAAUUUGAUGGAAGCUCUCCAAGGACAAGCCGGGACGGCGGGACCCGCUGGCAAUAUGCUGUCGAUGAUGAACUUGCGCAUGCCCAAGGAUGACCGGGAGUGA